UUUGAAAAAUUUACCACAGACCAGGCAGAGGUUUACUGGCCAGUUACAACAGAAUGAAGUACUCCCCGUAAAUGACCCAGAAGAUGAGUUUAUAUAUAAAAUGACAUCAAAACCACGAGGCUACGCCCUGAUUAUCAACAACAGGUACUUUCAUGGGUCGCAGCUCACGGAGCGACUGGGGACUGAUGUAGACAGGGACAACCUGCAGAAUGUGUUUAAAGCCUUAAAUUACGAUGUCACUGUGUUUGACAAUAUGAAAGGAAGGGAAAUGGAAAAUGCCAUCAGAGGAUUUUCUAUAAGAGACAGUCACAGACAUGUAGAUUCCACCAUAGUGGUUCUCCUCAGUCACGGAUCGGAAAACGUUAUAUAUGGCACUGACUGUGUACCGGUGGAAAUUGACAAACUGAUAAAAUUUUUUGAUGGAGCCCACUGCCCUGCCCUUAGAGGCAAACCAAAGUUGUUUGUGAUACAGGCCUGUAGAGGAAAAAAUUUCAACCGUGGGUUUGAAACAACGGAUGGAGAAACAGCGCCCUCUGGUAGAGAUGCUGGGCCUGUUCCAGCCACUCGAACCAGCCUGAAUGUAGUUGGCCCCUCGAUGUUAGAGCAACUGCAGGAAAUGCAUCUCCGAGAUACCGAGAAUUUGAGACAUAAGCUUCCAGAAGGAGCAGACAUGUUGGUGGCCUAUGCCACAGUGCCAGGCUUUGUGUCAUGGAGGAACUCUGAGCGCGGGAGUUGGUUCAUCCAGGAAUUAUGUACGGUGUUGUACAAGUAUGCCCACAAAGAGGACCUCCUCUCCAUGAUGACAGUAGUUAAUAACAAAGUUGCGACAGCCUAUGAAUCUGCAUGUAACAAGAAACAGAUGCCGGCUCCAGUCACCACACUGAGGAAGAAAUGGUUCUUUUACCCGAGGAUGUGAUUUUCUCACAUACUUUCUCAACGAAUCGCGAGGGAUUGCUGUGCAACUUUUGUCCAUUGAAAUAUAUACACCAUAAAAAAGAAGGGUCAUUCCACAAAAAUUGAACCUUUCAGGGCUCAACACUGGCGCCUGUCUGGGACAGGUAAAAUUUCAGUUCAGACAGGUUAAAUUUAAAUUUUAUGACCACCUGUCCAAAGGACAUGUGGUGAUAAAACUUGUUGUUGAGCCUUGCCUCUGAGGAAUGACAGUUAGACUGUCACACGUACAAUAUGUGUAAUAUUUGCAUAAUCAUUUUAUAUUACUGUCGAUUUCUUUCCAUGUUGGAGGCUACUAUAGAAUAAAGCAAAGAAAGUAAUGGGGUACGACAAAAUUUUGCAAAUAUCACACAAUAUCUGUGCAUCACUGUUGCAACUCCAAGGUUCACUUACUUGUAGAAUAUCCCCCCUCCCCUUCUCAAAAAAGUUAGUUCUCUUUAAAAAAAAUUCUAACCACAUUAGUUCAUUACUUUGACAUGAGUAAUUAUAUAUUCAGCAUAGAAGCUUUCCGUUGUACAUUGCACAGCAAAGAUUACAAUGACCUUUUGGUUUUUUCAAAACCUGAUAUUUUCUAUUAAUGUAUUACGAAGAAAAGAGUGCAAAUUAGAUCAUUUUUAAUCAAUCAUGAUGGAAACAUUGCUGAGGACAUUACACACACCGGGUAAGAGAGAUUAUGCCUUGUUUAAUGUGACAACCAGUUUGUAAUCCUGUGGCU